UCGGUAUUGGAAGAAAGUCCAAAAGUUCUUCAAAGUAAAAAAUGAAGCUUUUAUAUUUUCUAUUAGCUUUGAAUAUAUUGAGUGCAGUUAGGAGUGCAAGUAUAUCAACAGAAAAUGUGAAUGAUUCCAGUACGUUCCUUUAUUUCGGAUAUGGCAGUAAUCUUCUAACCAAACGAAUUCACAUACGAAAUCCAACAGCAGUCAAAAUAGGUGCGGGAAGAUUAGAGAACUACCGUUUAGACUUUAACAGCUACGCAGACAAUUGGGAUGGUGCACCAGCAACUAUUGUUCCAACAGAAAACUCCACCGUAUAUGGCACACUUUGGGAAAUCGAUAUCUCCAACUUGGCUGAUAUUGAUGACCAAGAAGGAGUAUCAGAAGGAGAAUAUGAACCGGUCAAUAUAUCAGUUUUUUUAAAUAAUGAUACAGUAGUGAAUGCGCGUUCCUAUGUUUUAGUUAAGCAACCUGAAAUACCACUGAAAAUGUUGAAUAUGUCGAAUAUUCCUUUCGAACGACAACCAUCGAAGACAUACUUACAAUGUUUAGUUAAAGGCGCCAUUGAGUCUGAGCUUCCAGAUGAAUAUAUACGUUGGUUGAGAACUAUCAAACACAAUGGAAAAGUGGCUAAGGCUUUGGAAGAUCUUUUAAAACUGAGUGAUAUAGAAUUGUCAACAUAACUGCAUUUAUACAGUAAUUGCUUUGUAACUUUAUCACCGAAAUCAUAUUUGUUUCUAGUAAUAUUUGUUACCAAAUAGAAGGAUAUAAAUAAUA